UAUAAUAAUUCUUCAUAUAAGACUUUUCUACAAGUCUAACUUUAGAUAAGACUUGAGAAUUUUCUUUCCCUUUUCUCCAUUACUAUCCAUAUGAAGGUUGCUUUCACUCCAAACAAACACUAAAAAAACCCUAGCUAUAUUCUCUCUAUAACCCUUUUCUCUAAUCCUCUCUCUCUCUCAUCCUUCUUAUCUUCUUCUUCUUCUUCUUCUUCUCUCUCUCUAAAAAUAUCAAAAUCUUCAUCAAUAAUGGAUGACAACCAUGAUCAAGCUACCAAAGAGCCAAGUCAAUCAUCAGACGAUCCAAAUUUCGUCUUAGCCAUGUCUUUGCAAGAGCAAGAACGAUCUUCCACAGAGCCCGAGGCCUCCACCACUGAAAGCGAAGCAGACUCAAAUUAUGAGUACAAUCAAGAAGACUACGAGUUUUUCUUUGAUUCCAGCGGAUUCGAAGUUGAGCUAGGGUUUCUGGAUGACGAAGAAGAAGAAGAUGAAAACAUGGAAGAAUAUGAGGACGACGAUGAUGAUUUGGAUGUAGAUGUGUUGACAUAUGAAGAAUUGAUAGCUUUGGGAGAGUUCAUUGGAGUUGAGCAAAGAGGUCUCUCUCCUAAUGAAAUUUCUUCAUGUUUGAAACCUAUUACAAUUAGUAAUAGUAACCAAAUGGUGAUGAAGAAGAAAGAAAAUGGUAAUGAUAUUGAUAAGUGUGUGAUUUGCCAAAUUGAAUAUGAUCAUGAAGAUGAAGAUGAUAAUAAUAAUUUGGUUGAGCUUCCAUGUGAACAUCCUUAUCAUUUAGAUUGCAUAACAAAGUGGCUUCAAAUCAAGAAAUCUUGCCCUAUUUGUAGCUAUGAAGUUUCAUCCUCAACAGCUUCAUCUUCCUCACCUAAUCACAAGAACAAUAAUAGCAAUAAUAAUAAUAAUACUUGUUGAUGAUUAUUAAUGCUAAUUCUCUUGUUGUUAGUAAUUUUAUUUAUUUAUUAUUUGGAUUUUCAA